AUGUCCUUAAGGCCUAUAUGGAAAGAUGGUAAUUGCGAACCAUGCCAUAGCAGUUGCUCUAGAUGUACAGGACCAUUACCUAAUCAGUGUAGUAAGUGUUAAUUUUUGACAUUAUUGCAAGAUAAUUAAUGUGUAGAUAAAUGUAAUGAGAAACAAGGAUAUAAACUUAAUUAAGCUUAGGGUAUAUGCGAGUCUUAGAUAUCCACAAUAUGUUAAGGAAAUUGCAAAACUUGCGAGAAAAUAAAUUCUCCUUUAUGUAUCACUUGCAAAUAAGGACAUUUAAAAUAAGCUGAUAAUUCGUGCUAAAAUACAUGUGCUAUGGGAUCUAAGUUAACUUAAGAUUCUUAAUAAUGUGUAAAACCUUUAGUUGGAUGUCUUUAAUAAAAAGAUUCUAAUACUUGUAUUACAUGUGAUACUGCUAAACGAUAUAGAUUAGGAUCAGAUAAAUAAUGUACGUUGUGCAAGGAAAAUUGCUCAUAAUGUAAUCCUAAUAAUCUAUCUGAGUGUCUUGUUUGCGAAGGACUUAAAUUUAAAAAUCAUGAUAGUAGUUGCGUAAAUUUAUGCCCUGGUGCUAGUUUUUAUUCUGAAAGUAUUGGAAAAUGCUAAUAAUGUCCUCAAAAAUGUUAAAAUUGCGAUGAAAAUGGUUGCAAAAAAUGUUAAGAUGGUUACUAUAUUGAUUUAAUAACUAAAGCUUGUACUUAAUGUCUUUCUAAAUAUAAUAAUUGCAAAAAUUGUGAUGAUCUCAUCUGUUUAUAAUGUAAUAACCUUUAAAAAUAAAAAUGCUAACAAAUCUCUGCUACAGAUGGAAAUAAAGGAAAUACUGUAAUUAAUGGUAACACA